AUGGCGGCUUCUAGCAACACAGCUGCUGUGGAGGUUGAACUCACUGCACCUGAGACCAUGAACCCUGAGCUUCUCAUGGCGGCAUGCCAUGGCUGGGACACGAAGCUGACGAGCCUUCUCAGCAGCGAGGAACAAGACACAGCAUCCGUCGUCGUCGUCGAAAUCGACCGGGCCACCGCAGCGGCGAGCUCUCAAGCUCGAGCGCCGUCGUCGUCGCUGCUCCUGCAGGGCGUUACCUCGGACGGGGACUCCGCGCUCCACGUGGUAGCAGCCGCCGGAGACGGCGGCGGGUACCUGAGGAGCGCCGAGGUGAUCUACGGCAAGGCCAGGCACCUCCUGGAGGCACGCAACAAGGGGAGGAGCACGCCCUUGCACUGCGCCGCCAGGGUGGGCAACGUCGAGAUGCUCACCCUCCUCGUCCGCCUCGCCGGAGUAGAGAGGGUGGCGACGCUCCUGAGGAUGCAGAACGAGGUUGGGGAGACGGCCCUGCACGAGGCCAUCCGCGCCGGCGACAUGCGGCUGGUGGACGUGCUGAUGACGGCGGACCCGUGCCUGGCCCGUGUCCCGGACGGCGGCGCCGGCGCCUCGCCGCUGUACCUGGCAGUCGCGCUACGCCGAUAUGCCAUCGCCCGGGACCUGCACGAGAGGGACAGCCAGCUGUCCUACUCUGGACCGGCUGGACAAAACGCCUUGCAUGCGGCGGUUCUGCAAAGCAAAGAGAUGACAGAAUUGCUUUUGGAAUGGAACAAUCAACUCACUAAACAGCAAGAUGAACAUGGAAACACGCCGCUACACUUUGCGUUGUCAUUGGAAAAUGAGACACAUGGAAUGCUUCCCCUCUAUGCUGUGCCAGUUAAAAAGGGAAAAGCUAUUGCAACCCUUUUGAACAUAACAGAACUACCUUUGGAACUUACCAGACAAUUACUGGAAGCAGAUGCAUAUUCAGCAUUUCAACCAGACAGAAAAGGGUCGUUCCCUAUACAUAUUGCAGCGUCAGCAGGUAGACUUUCAUCAGUCAUCGUCUUAGUCACAAUGUUCCCUGGAUGUGCCGGAUUGCGUGACUCAGAUGGAAGAACUUUUGUUCAUGUUGCCGCCAAGAACAAGAGACACAAUAUAGUUGCAUUUGCGUGCCAGACGCCGGCAUUGUCAACAAUUUUGAACAAGCAAGAUAGUGAAGGAAACACUGCUCUACACCUAGCUGUAGAGGUUGGGGAUUGGUGGAUUUUUGCUUGCCUGUUUGUCAAGAAGCAGGUAGACUUCAAUCUACCAAACAAAAAGAAGCAUACUCCGCUAGAACUUUCUGUUAACACUAUUCCCACAGGACUAUACUGUCUCCUGAAUUCACGAAUCCUGAUACAGGAAACACUAAUAGCUGCCAAUGCUACGCGUGCUAUUUCUCGACGGGAUGCUGGCAUGGAUGAAUACAGUUCCCAAUCUGAAGCAGAGAAUGAGGAAAAGGGAUCUUCAAUAGUAUCAAAUUCAACGCAAUUCCUUAGCAUUGGCUUAGUAUUAAUUACAACGAUGGCAUUUGGUGCUACAUUUGCGUUACCUGGGGGUUACAUAGCUGAUGACCACAUUAAUGGAGGAACACCAACUCUAGCUCGAGUAAAACAAUUUCAAGGAUUCAUGAUGGCGAACACAUUAGCGUUUUUCUGCUCCUCGUUAGCUGUCCUAAGCCUUGUGUUUGCUGGAACUCCCACAGUUGAGUUGCCGAUGCGCUACAUGCACUACAAUAUAUCCAUAUGGCUAUCUUUGAAUGCAGUAGGAUCCUUGGCCAUAGCCUUUGCAAUAGCUGUUUAUAUCAUGAUUACUCCGGUUGCUGCUAAAACCUCUCUUGCAGUCAUUGUGGUUAUUCUUUCAAUAGGAAUCCUCCAUUCUCCCUCAGUAACUGAAAAAUUUGCUGUACUUUUGUUAGUGCUAUGUAUCAGACCAGGAAUACUGCCAGUAUUAAGAUCUAGUAUCUCUAAGGUAAUGUUACUCAUGUGCUGGCCACUCAUAGUAAUAUUUGGUUGGCAAGAAUUUUCAUCACGGUACCAGUGA